AUGGUACUUCUGGAAGGCUGUACAGCAUUAGAAUUGGUUGGAAAAGAGACUGUGCAGACAACAGAAGACCAGAUCUUGAAAAGGGAUAUGCCACCAGCGUUUAUCAAAGUGGAGAAUGCCUGCACCAAACUUGUUCGGGCAGCCCAGAUGCUGCAAGCAGAUCCUUAUUCAGUACCAGCCCGUGACUAUCUAAUUGAUGGAUCCAGAGGCAUCCUUUCUGGAACGUCAGACUUACUUCUGACAUUUGAUGAAGCAGAGGUCCGUAAAAUCAUCCGUGUCUGCAAAGGAAUAUUGGAAUAUCUGACUGUGGCGGAAGUAGUAGAGACUAUGGAGGAUUUGGUGACAUACACAAAGAAUCUAGGGCCAGGAAUGACGAAGAUGGCUAAAAUGAUUGAUGAGAGACAACAGGAAUUAACUCAUCAGGAACAUAGGGUUAUGCUGGUAAACUCCAUGAAUACUGUGAAGGAGCUAUUGCCAGUACUUAUUUCAGCUAUGAAGAUUUUUGUAACCACAAAAAAUUCUAAAAGCCAGGGAAUAGAAGAGGCCUUGAAAAAUCGCAAUUUCACAGUAGAGAAAAUGAGUGCUGAGAUAAAUGAAAUAAUCCGUGUAUUACAACUCACUUCCUGGGAUGAAGAUGCCUGGGCAAGCAAGGACACUGAAGCCAUGAAAAGAGCUUUAGCCUUAAUAGAUUCAAAGAUGAAUCAGGCAAAAGGUUGGCUGAGAGAUCCAAAUGCACCUCCAGGGGAUGCUGGUGAGCAAGCAAUAAGGCAGAUCCUUGAUGAAGCUGGAAAAGCAGGAGAACUGUGUGCGGGCAAAGAACGCAGAGAGAUUCUGGGAACGUGCAAAACGCUGGGCCAGAUGACUGAUCAACUGGCUGACCUCCGAGCUAGAGGACAGGGUGCUACACCCAUGGCUAUGCAGAAAGCACAGCAAGUGUCACAAGGUCUGGAUUUGCUCACUGCCAAGGUGGAGAAUGCAGCCCGCAAAUUGGAGGCCAUGACAAACUCGAAGCAGGCAAUUGCUAAGAAGAUUGAUGCUGCUCAGAAUUGGCUUGCAGAUCCUAAUGGGGGCAGCGAAGGAGAAGAACAUAUUCGGGGAAUUAUGGCUGAAGCAAGGAAAGUUGCAGAAUUAUGCGAGGAGCCUAAAGAAAGGGAUGAUAUCCUUCGUUCCUUGGGGGAAAUCUCUGCUUUGACAGCUAAACUGUCAGAUCUGAGACGACAUGGGAAAGGUGACUCUCCUGAGGCCCGUGCGUUGGCUAAGCAAAUAGCUACAUCACUUCAGAAUUUACAGUCCAAAACAAACAGGGCUGUAGCAAAUACUAGGCCAGUUAAAGCAGCUGUCCAUUUGGAGGGCAAGAUUGAGCAAGCUCAGAGGUGGAUAGACAAUCCUACAGUUGCUGAUCGGGGAGUAGGCCAGGCAGCAAUUCGAGGUCUGGUUGCAGAAGGUCGUCGUUUAGCCAAUGUCAUGAUGGGACCUUAUCGUCAAGACCUGCUUGCCAAAUGUGACCGUGUAGACCAACUGGCUGCUCAGCUAGCUGACCUCGCAGCAAGAGGGGAGGGAGAAUCUCCUCAGGCCAGGGCAAUUGCUGCUCAGCUACAGGACUCGCUGAAGGAUCUUAAAACACGGAUGCAAGAGGCAAUGACCCAGGAGGUUUCUGAUGUUUUUAGUGACACCACAACUCCUAUUAAAUUAUUAGCAGUAGCAGCCACUGCUCCUUCUGAUGCUCCCAAUAGAGAUGAGGUGUUUGAUGAAAGAGCAGCAAACUUUGAAAAUCAUGCUGCUAGACUGGGAGCUACAGCAGAAAAAGCAGCUGCAGUUGGAACUGCGAAUAAAACUACUGUGGAGGGCAUUCAGGCAACAGUGAAAUCAGCAAGGGAACUUACCCCACAGGUGGUAUCAGCUGCUCGUAUCCUUCUGAGAAAUCCUGGAAAUCAAGCUGCUUAUGAACAUUUUGAGACCAUGAAAAACCAAUGGAUUGAUAAUGUAGAAAAAAUGACAGGGUUGGUGGAUGAAGCCAUUGAUACUAAAUCUCUGUUGGAUGCAUCAGAAGAGGCUAUUAAGAAAGAUCUUGAUAAAUGUAAAGUUGCAAUGGCCAACAUUCAACCUCAGAUGCUGGUAGCUGGUGCCACCAGCAUUGCUCGACGAGCAAACCGCAUCCUACUGGUAGCAAAACGGGAGGUUGAAAAUUCAGAAGACCCUAAAUUCCGGGAGGCUGUUAAAGCAGCCUCUGAUGAGCUGAGCAAAACUAUAUCACCAAUGGUAAUGGAUGCUAAAGCUGUGGCAGGAAACAUUUCUGAUCCUGGUUUGCAGAAGAGUUUCUUGGAUUCUGGAUACAGAAUUCUGGGAGCUGUGGCCAAAGUCAGAGAAGCCUUCCAGCCUCAGGAACCAGAUUUUCCCCCUCCUCCUCCUGACCUUGAGCACCUUCAUCUGACUGAUGAGCUUGCUCCUCCAAAACCACCACUUCCAGAAGGUGAGGUUCCCCCGCCCAGACCACCACCACCUGAAGAAAAGGAUGAAGAGUUCCCAGAGCAGAAAGCAGGAGAAGCUAUUAAUCAGCCCAUGAUGAUGGCUGCUAGGCAGUUGCAUGAUGAAGCCCGGAAAUGGUCUAGCAAGGGUAAUGACAUCAUUGCUGCUGCUAAACGAAUGGCGCUGCUCAUGGCAGAGAUGUCGCGCCUGGUGAGAGGAGGUAGUGGAAAUAAGCGUGCCCUUAUUCAGUGUGCAAAGGAUAUUGCCAAGGCAUCAGAUGAAGUCACUCGAUUAGCCAAAGAAGUGGCAAAGCAGUGCACUGACAAGCGCAUUAGAACAAACCUCUUGCAGGUCUGCGAGCGGAUCCCCACCAUCAGCACACAACUGAAAAUCCUCUCCACUGUCAAGGCCACCAUGCUGGGCAGAACCAAUAUCAGCGACGAGGAGUCGGAGCAG